AUGUUGCAUUGGAUCGGGAGCGCUCUUGACAAACUGAAAAGAGAACAAAGAGAGAAAAACCUGGACUUUAUAACAUUUACACUGUAUAGCAGAAUACUCAUUGUAGUUCUCUUUCAGCCUGGCGAUGCUCCCAGCGAGCAACCAAUCGUUGGCGAGGGCUUGGCAGUUGUAUGUAAUGGCGAAAUUUAUAAUCACAAAGAGAUAAAAGCGAAUUCCAACGCUCAACUGAUGAAUGACGGUAGCGACUGUGCGGCGAUCAUCCAUGCCUUUAUCAAUUCAGGCUACAACUUACGCGAAGCUUGUGCUAGCAUAGACGGCGUGUUUGCGUUCGUGAUGGUCGACAAGGACAACAUCUACAUUGGUAGAGAUCCUCUAGGAGUUCGACCACUUUUCUAUGGAUUCUCAGGAUCCGGUAAGUCUUUCAGCUUGGCAUUUCACACGCUCAUAAGAGAUGUCCUUGUGAAGUCCGUUGAGAAACGUUUGAUGGGAAAUCGUCAGUUCGGCUUCAUGCUAUCCGGUGGACUCGACUCUUCUCUGAUAGCCUCUAUCGCAAAAGCGCAACGCAAAAGUUUCUUGCUAAGCGUGACGGCUUUUUCUUGGGAUAUGCUGGCGUUAGUAUACUCGCUUCUUACAGAAGCCAAAAUUACUGUCGUAAGUCAGCGAGCUAUCCGAAAUGAAGAGGGCAGAGAAACCAAUAUGACCUUUUCGGUCGUUUGUCGAACUGCGCCGGAUCUUGAAAAGUGGCAUAGAACCAGUGGCGAAUAUCUAAGAUCACAUGAAGUGCUAGUGAUUACAACCGGGAUGAAGUGUCUUAUGAGUGUACCUGAAGUAAUCUACGCUUUGGAGACGUUCGACCCACUUAUCGUACGUUGUGGUAUCGCCCACUAUCUUCUUUGUAAGCACAUCGCAAAGACAUCCGAUGUCAAGGUACUCUUGUCAGGUGCGUUCUUUCUACUGACCUAA